GAUAAGACAUUUCUUGGUAGCUCCAGUUAGUGGAAAGAUUUGUGAUUGCAUAUUGGAGCAAGAUCUAUUGAGUUCCUGUCCUGAUAAGGCUCUAUGAUAAAUGGGAAUUAUACAAUUUAAUAACAGGAUUACAUGAUUCCUGCCAACUUCCAAAUGGCUCUUCAACAUGACUUUCACAUCCAUAUACAGCCAUGGGGAAUGCAGCUGGAAGUCUGGAGAUGUCACCCGGACGGGACGUCAAACAGCCCCUCAGCACUUAUGGGCAGAAACAGCCACCGGCCCCUAAACUGCCCCUACCUCCUGAGGAGGAAUUAGAGGAGAGGUUCAACAUUGUGUUGAAUUCCAUGAAUCUUCCAGCUGAUAAAGUGAAGCUGCUCUGUCAGUAUGACAAUGAGAAGAAAUGGGAGUUAGUUUGUGACCAGGAGCGCUUUCAGGUGAAGAAUCCUCCAUCAGCGUACAUUCAGAAACUUAAGAGUGUAUUAGAGCAGGGAGGAGGCAGAAAGUUUAAGAGGAGAGUCCAAGAAUCCACACAAGUACUGAGAGAGCUGGAAAUCUCUUUGCGGACCAAUCACAUCGGGUGGGCUGAAGAGUUUCUAAAUGAAGAAAACAAAGGUUUAGAUAUGCUAGUGGACUACCUCUCUUUUGUUCAACGUGCAGUCACAUAUGACAUGGAUAGCUCUGACAAUGGAAACGUUGAUGAGAAAUCUGUGGAAGAUUUGACCACCAGUGCGACGAACUCCCCUACCCACAAUUCCUCACGCUUAGGACACACCUUCACCACGAGGAAAUCUCUGCGAUACUCAUGUCUGCUCAGCCAGAAGAACCACCUACACCUCUGCAUUAUGUGUCUCCGCGCCAUAAUGAACUACCAGUUAGGGUUCAAUCAGGUGAUGUCUCAUCCCAGCUGUGUCAAUGAAAUCACCCUAAAUCUCAACAACAAGAGUGCCAGGACUAAAGCUCUGGUUCUGGAGCUCCUUGCUGCAGUGUGUUUGGUUCGAGGAGGUCAUGAAAUGAUUAUUGCAGCCUUUAAUAAUUUUAAAGAGGUGUGUGGAGAGAAAGUCAGAUUCGAGAAACUCAUGGAAUAUUUCAGAAAUGAAGACAACAACAUUGAUUUCAUGGUGGCUUGUUUGCAGUUUAUCAACAUUGUAGUGCACUCAGUAGAGAACAUGAACUUCAGAGUAUAUUUACAGUAUGAGUUUACACAACUGGGACUAGACAGCUAUCUGGAGAAGUUAAAUGACACUGAGAGCGAGAGGCUAGAGGUGCAGAUUCAAGCAUAUCUGGAUAAUGUGUUUGAUGUUGGAGCGAUGUUAGAAGACGUCGAGGCCAAAAAUACAAUAAUAGAACAUCUGGAGGAGCUGCAAGAACAAAACACACAGUUAAACACUAGGCUGCAACAGUGUGAGAGAGAAGCUGUGGAGAAGACGUCUGAACUGGAGAAACAGCUCAUACAGAGCAGGAAAGAGGUGGAACUUCUGAAGGACAGUGUGAAGGAGACACAGGCUCAGCUCUCUCAGCUGCAGCAGAAGGAGAAAGAGAGAGAGACACACAGAGAGAAAGAGCAGGAGCGAGAGAGAGAGAGACAGCGCACUGCUAAAGCUCUGACCGAGCUGGAGAAGAUGGUUCAGGUUCUGGUGGAUCGAGGUCUGAUCCGCAUGGAGAGAUCCCAGUCCGGUUCUCUGGAUCUACACAUUAUGCCAGCUGCUGACACAACAGAUAAUAGUAUAACGGAUAUAAAGGCCUCACCUGUGACACAGUCUCCGCCCCCUCCUCCUGCCCCCGCCCCUCCACCACCUCCUCCUCCGCCCCCUAUGAGUCCGGCUCCGCCCUCUUCAUCUCUACCUGGGAGGAAGGCCACUGUAAAGACAGGUGUGAAAAGUAAGAAGCCAAUCAAGACUAAGUAUCGUAUGCCACUGCUUAACUGGCAGGCUCUCAUGGAGGAACAGGUGGCCGGCACCGUCUUCACAGAGCUGGAUGAUGAAAGUGUGCUUGGGGAGUUGAAUAUGGACGUCUUUGAGGAGUUGUUUAAAACUAAAGCUCAGUCUGCUCCUGUUGAUGUUGGCACUCUGAAAGUGAAAGUGGCUCGUAAAACAUCCAGUAAAAUAACAAUACUGGAGCCCAACAGGGCCAAAAACCUCGCCAUCACCCUGCGCAAAGGAGGCAUGAGCACCGCGCAGAUCUGCACUGCGAUCCAAACGUUCAAUCUUGAUUUGCUAAAGUCCGAUUUUCUGGAGCUGCUGGAGCGCUUCAUCCCGUCUGAUUAUGAGCUGAGCUUGAUUGAGAAAUACGAGCGUGAGGGACACGCUCUGCCGGAGCUGUCGGAGGAGGACCGAUUCAUAGUGACCUUCAGCAAAAUCCCAUGUCUGCCACAGAGAAUCAGCAAUCUGACCUUCAUGGGCAACUUCAGUGAGAGCAUCCAGCUGUUAAAGCCUCAACUGAAUGCCAUCAUCGCUGCAUCCAUGUCAAUCAAAUCUUCCAGCAAACUCAAGAAGAUUCUAGAGAUCAUUCUUGCAUUUGGGAAUUACAUGAACAGUGGGAAGAGAGGAUCAGCGUAUGGAUUUCGAGUCCAAAGUCUGGACCUGCUUCUGGACAUGAAAUCCACAGAUCGAAAACUGACACUCCUGCAUUUCAUCGCCAGCAUCAUACAAGAGAAAUAUCCUCAGCUGCACAACUUUCACACUGAACUACACUGUCUGGAUAAAGCUGCACUGGUCUCUCUGGACAGCAUCCUUGCAGAUGUUGGAUCUCUGGAGAAGGGAAUGGAGGUUGUGCGUAAGGAGUUUCUCCAGCAGAAGGACAGCACUGUCCUCACAAACUUCAUGUCCAGUAACGGCAGUCUGCUGGACUCUUUGGUCAAAGACUGCAAAACUGCAGAGGAGGUGUAUCACUCAGUGGUGGAGUAUUUCGGAGAGGAACCCAAAUCCACGCCUCCUUCUGUGUUCUUCCCAGUUUUUGACAGGUUUAUCAAAGCAUAUAAGCUGGCCGAACAGGAGAACGAACAGCGCAAGAAGAAGAGCUCAGAGACUGAUUCUGGCACAGAUUUACCCGUCUCUGACCCUCCCAUGAGAAAAGCAGUGACUAAUAAAAUGCCUCAGGUGGAUCUGAUCGCAGAGCUGAAGCGCAGACAGAUGAAGCCGCUCGUGAGAGAGGGCAAAGACGGAGCCAUCGAGGACAUCAUCACGGAUUUGAGGAACCAGCCGUACAUCAGAGCAGACGGAGGAAGACGAAGCGCUAAAUGGAAACCAGCUCAGCAGCUUCCCGUGUCGUCCGACAUCUCUCUGUGAAACACACACAGCUCAAAGCAUCCCGGGACGAACCCGCACCACACAUGAAGCCAAAAACAGUUUACAAGAAACAUUUUAACAGCUACAUUAACCUAUUCAUAUAAAUUACAAAAGUUCAAUUAUUUAUUUACAAUUUAGCAAACAACUUGGCAAAUCCCAAGAAACCUGUCAAAAAUGUGCGUGUAUAUUUAUACAUAUCGCCCCAAAAUUACAAGAAUAAAAUUAAGAAAUUACAUGCAUGUAUUUAAUAUUUAGCCCUAAAAUUAAAAUUAAAAAAUUCAGGAAUUUAAAGAAUUUGAACAAGUGCUUGUAAUAUUUAAUACUUUGCAUUAACAUUAAAGGUAAAAAAAAAAAAAAAAGAAAGAAAUUAGAAAUUUGCCCCAAAAUUUGCAAAGAAAUGUGAAGAAUUUAACGUUCAUAUAUAAUUUAUAUAUUUAUUUAUAUAUAUAUAUAUAUAUGUAUAUAUAUAUAUAUAUAUAUAAAUGAAGAAAUUGACAUUUGAAAAAAAAAUGGGGGCUUUCUUCUGAUUAUGUGGUGAAAGAAAGCAUAUUCCUGACAGAUUUUGUGAGAUUAACUCUUUAACAACUGGAUUUCAGCUUCAUUUUGGGCCCUAUAAUACACCCAGUGCAAUGCGAUGCAAGGCAAUUAAUGCAUUUGCGCCCAUUUGUGCGCCCAUGGGUGUGCUGGUCUAAAAAAAGAGGUGUGUUCAGGCGCAUUUCUGGCCAUAGACCAACUCAAACCUGGUCUGUCACAAUGUUUUUUCUUUGUUAUUUAAAGAGCGUACACGCUGCUUAUUAAACACGGGGACGCACAGCAACACACAAACAUGCCAAAUAUUAACAAUUAAAGGACUGCAAUGCAUAAGAUUUUUUUGUAUGCUAAUUAAAUAUAUAUAAGGCCUAUAUGUCAUAAUGGAUAGUCCUUCAUGGCACGAGUGCAACUGGCUCUUAAAGGGAAUGGAAGAUGAGAAUCUGAUUGGUUUAUUGCACGUUACGCCCAAAAAACACCCAUUACUCAUUACGAGAAUAGGGACAACCCGUUUAGACCAUGCGCCCGGGAGAGCCAACUGUUUUUCCAUCGUUAAAUAGCAAAAGUGGAUUUGGGCACGCCCUGAGUGCAUCUGCACCAUGCGCUUUACACUUUGCAUUUAAAUCAUUAAAAAAAGGCCCUUUAUAUUGAUCUUUACACGUAUUCUUGAAGACUGCACAUUUACCCCAACUACUGAAAACUAGCUUCGACUAGUAUGUGUAUAUUUGUUUUUGUCAUAUGAAUCA